CAAAUAAUGGUAAUGAUAGUAGAAGACUCUACACACAAACACAACCUUUUUAAUUUUCCACGGUUAAUAUAUUCAUCGAUUUUGUGAUCUAGUUUCAAAGAAAAAUAAUAUGUCUAUUCCUUACAGCGGCACUUUUGUGAGAUCUGGUGGUGUAGUUUCAGCGAUAGGAAAACAACUAAGAGCUUUAAAUUUGAAAGCGGCUAAACGAAUUACUGUAAAAUUCGAUCCUUUCAGCGACAACGUAACCCAUACAAGAAAUUUCCUGCAUUAUAUUAGUUCUCCAAAGAUAAGUUUAACAAACCCCAACUGCACACUGAAAACUGAAGUUGUUUGUGAUCGCAGUGAACCUACGGUAGAAAUUAAUUUACUUCCUGCAAUUGCUGAAACUGCCAAAGUUAGUACCAUAGUAUUAAAAAGUGGUAAUCUCACAUGUUUAGAAAUUCUUCAAUUACUGAAUAAGCAUGUAUCAUCAUUAGCACCUGUUGAGCAACCAGUGUCCACUGUUCAAACUAAAUUGGAGAAAAAGAAGAGCAAAAAGAAGUAAGCUAAUAAAAUGACAAAAUCUAGCAAAGGUAACCUACAUGUUGUUGAAGAAAUAUAUAACCAGAUUCCAGCAUUCACUGAUGUGUUUUCAGAAGAUACAUUUUACAUAUUUGUUAUGUUUUUUGUCCUUUCAACCAUUAUGGUUGCAUUUAUCUUGUCUAGAUUUAUCACUAUUAAACCCGUAGAAUAGUUAAUCUUUAUGUACAAGUGUAAAUUUAAUAAAUGAUAAUGUUUUUAUCU